AGCACUGGAGCUGGCACUAGAGCCGUACGGAGACAAACUACGUACGGAGUGUCCUGUUCAGUCGUUCCCAGCGCACAUCAGUUCGCCUCCUGCCCUACGACUCGAGACAUAAUCGCCGCUCAAUCCGCAUCCGCCGUCACAAAUCCACAGAAUGCCCCUCAAUUGGCGUCUUCGAUUGGCACACCAUGCCCGUGGCACGCGUGGGUUGACGCUGGUCCCUCUGCCCUCGCUGAUCCGAUGAGGUCUGCCACGUUCGCCUAUUUCCGACUCGGGAGCGAGCAGCAGUAA